AUGCCAAAGAUCUGCUGUUUCCAUGGCAUUCCGUUGACAAGGGCUUAUUUAGGGUCUCCAGAAGAGCGGGGCUCUUCAGAAAGGAAGGGAGGAUUGGGUAGUGUGGCCGGACUUGGAUCGUAUCAGGAAAUCUCCAAGGGCUGCAGAUGUGAUCCGGGGAUUCGCUGUACUCCUAAGAAUUGCUUGAGGAGAAGAGAUGCCGGGUUGUUGAAUCAGUUGCAAGAACUUGACAAGCAGAUAAGUGACCUGAGACUGGAUGUUGAAAAGACGUCUGAAGAGCCGCUGGAGACCGACAGCCGGCCUAGCUCAGGGUUUUAUGAGCUGAGUGAUGGGGCUUCAGGAUCCCUUUCUAAUUCCUCUAACUCCGUGUUCAGCGAAUGUUUGUCCAGCUGCCAUUCCAGCACCUGCUUUUGCAACCCCUUGGAGGCAGCUUUGACGAUCUCAGACGGUUGCCCCAAAUCUGCAGAUGUGAAUCCUAAAUACCAGUGUGACCUUGUGUCUAAAAACGGCAAUGAUGUCUAUCGAUAUCCCAGUCCACUUCAUGCUGUGGCUGUGCAGAGCCCAAUGUUUCUCCUCUGUCUGACGGGCAACUCUCUGAGGGAAGAGGAGGGGCUUGGGAACCAUGCCAGUGACCUUUGCGUCGGGUCAGAACUGAAUGCCAUCAAAACAGACGAUUCCUUGCCAUCUCCGAGCAGUUUGUGGCCGACUUCCCAUCCUUCAUCCAGUAAGAAAAUGGACGGCUACAUUCUGAGCCUGGUCCAGAAGAAAACACACCCCGUAAGGACCAACAAACCUAGAACCAGUGUGAACGCGGAUCCUACCAAGGGGCUUUUGAGGAACGGCAGUGUGUGUGUCCGGGCCCCUGGCGGUGUCCCACAGGGCAGUGGUGUGAACCUUAAGCAUGCGACACCGAUGAUGAUGUGUCUGCCCUCGGGGGGAAUGUCCUCUUUGGAAAACGGGCCAUUCUCCCCACCGAAGCAGAGGUCAAAAGACUCCAAGCCGGAGCAGCUGGAGAGCAAGAGGCUGGCUCCGCCGCCAGAGGGCUGCUCGGUAGGCGCUGCCGUGGAACCCCAAAGCAAGCAUCUGCCCAAACCCGCCAAAGCAGCCCCUCCAGAGCUCGCAAAGUGUCCUGCAGCGGGGCUGGGGGAAUCGCCGAAGGAAAGCCACCAGGUCCCGGCGGGUUCUCCGAAAACAAGUCCCGCCAGAGGCCCCGCCGCCCCGGGGGAGAGCAAAGCCCCGCCGCAGCCCCCGAAAAAGAUGCCGCCGAAGAGCGGCCUGCCGACCUUGGACUUCAAAAGCGAGGGCUCGACUCCGAGCCUCGAAGACGGGCCUCUGGUGAAAGCGCAUUUCAUCCCGGGGCAGCAGCCGCCGCCGCUGCAGCAGCUGCAGCCGCAGCAUCAGCAGCUGCAGCCGGCGGGCGCCAGGCCCCACCGCGCACACCGGGGCCGGCGGGAGCCCGCGGGCGCCUACCCGGUGGCCGUGGCGCUGCCCUACGCCAGCCCCUACGCCUACGUGGCCAGCGACUCCGAGUACUCGGCCGAGUGCGAGUCGCUCUUCCACUCCACGGUGGUGGACACGAGCGAGGACGAGCAGAGCAACUACACCACCAACUGCUUCGGCGACAGCGAGUCGAGCGUGAGCGAGGGCGAGUUCGUGGGCGAGAGCACCACCACCAGCGACUCCGAGGAGAGCGGGGGUCUGAUCUGGUCGCAGUUCGUCCAGACCCUCCCCCUGCAGACGGUCACGGCCCCAGAGCUGCACGCCUGCCCCAGGAAGACCUUUGUCAAGAUCAAGGCUUCGCAUAACCUCAAGAAGAAGAUCCUCCGCUUCCGGUCUGGCUCCUUGAAACUGAUGACGACCGUCUGAGUAGCUGGUGGAGCGAGUGUCUUACAUUCCUACCCCCCUCCCCAAACCCCCAAGUCUCUGAAAACAAAAGAAAA